CUUUCCGCAACAAAAAUGAAAUUUAUGGUUACACUGAACACAGACGAAGCCACUUUUAAUAGGUUUCAUGCACUUUUUGCAAGAUAGACACUGUAAAACACUAUUUUCGCGAACUUCUAUAUUCAAUACUUCCGCAACUGACGCCGUCUUACCACAAUAGUUUAACUGGGAGGAGCAUACCACAGAGCUGUUGAAGUACCCAAAUAAAUCUUUAAGUGUUCAAACAAAUCUCGGUUUGCUAUGCAAAUGUUGUCAGACAUAGGUGAUAUAAAAAUAAAAAAGCUAGUGUACUAUGCUUACUUUCUCACAAUGUCAUAUGAGAUUAUUUUCUGGGGCAACUCAUCAAGCAAGGAGCAGGUUGAAAAAGAGAGUGUUCAGCACAAAGACAUAAUCCAAGAAGACUUUUUGGACACUUAUUAUAACUUGACAUUAAAAACUGUCAUGUUACUGAAAUGGACUAUUAAAAACUGCCCAUUUGUUCAUUACAUCAUGAAAGCAGAUGAUAACACAUUUAUCAAUAUUGAAAGCCUUGUGCAUUUGCUCCAUUCUAAAGAUACAACUGGUUUAUUGAUGGGUGAUCUUAUUUGUGGUGCACAUCCAGUUUCAGACUUGCACAGAAAAAUGUAUGCUCCAAGUUAUAUGUAUCCUAGAAGAGUCUACCCAAAUUACCUGUCUGGUGCAGGAUAUGUAAUGUCAAAUGAUGUUGUGAAACAAUUGUACACAGCAGCUCUACAGACUCAGCUCUUCCAUCUGGAGGAUGUAUAUGUGACAGGACUGUGUUCCAAAGCAGCUGGUAUUCGUCCACGUGAUCAUCCUGCUUUCACAUAUAGACGUCGUAAAAUUAUUCCUUGUUUGUUGCGUGAUCUUUCAGUUGUCACCAGUCACCACAUGGAAAGUGCUCACCUUCUGGAGAUUUGGCCACGCAUUCAGGACCCAAAUCUUGAUUGCUCAAAGUUCAAUGCAUCACAACUGUGGAGGAGCUGCUCAGAUGACUCUACACCUUCACACCUGCACAUGUACCUGUAA